UGACUGAAAAUUCUAAAGAUACUCAAAGUGCGCGUGUAGCAUCUGAUCUAUGGAGCGUCAAAUCGUUCUGGUUUCGUCCAAACCGUAUACAUGGUUCACGUCCUGGUGAUAGUGCGUGAGGCCGCAUACAAGAGACCGAGGUGAAUGCUGAAACUAAGGACGCUGGUGGCUCACACCGUUUCCAUCGGACCCGAGAUUGUACGUUAAACUAUCAGAAUGCCAGCACUACUGAAAUACAUAGAAGUGGAGGAUUUCAAAUCCUACAAGGGAAAACUUAUCAUAGGACCGCUUAAAUCUUUCACAGCUGUUGUCGGUCCAAAUGGAUCUGGCAAAUCAAACUUUAUGGAUGCCAUUAGUUUUGUAAUGGGUGAGAAAACGAGCAGCUUGCGAGUCAAAAGAUUUAGUGAGCUGAUUCACGGAGCUUCGAUUGGUCAGCCAGUUAAACGAAGUGCCUCUGUCACUGCUGUAUUCAAACUGGAAGAUGGAAGUGAAAAGAGUUUCAUGCGCUCUGUUCAGGGUUCCUCAUCGGAGCACCGUAUUAAUAAUAGUAUUGUAACGAGUCAAGUAUAUUUAAACGAGUUGGAACAGCUUGGGAUAAAUGUAAAAGCUAAAAACUUUCUGGUCUUUCAAGGAGCUGUUGAGUCUAUAGCUAUGAAAAAUCCAAAAGAAAGAACAGCUCUGUUCGAAGAGAUCAGUAACUCUGGGGCCUUAAAAACAGAAUAUGAGAGGCUCAGAAGUGAAAUGCUCAAAGCUGAGGAAGAGACACAGUUUUCCUACCAAAAGAAGAAGGGUGUUGCUGCAGAACGUAAGGAAGCUAAAUUGGAAAAAGAAGAGGCUGAAAAAUAUCACCGUUUAAAGGAAGAAUGUGUCGAGAAACAGGUGGAGCUACAGUUAUUUCGAUUGUUCCACAAUGAGAAAGAGAUUGAGAAUCAAGAGAAUACCCAUAAAAAGAAGCAGCAUGAACUGGAUAAAAUUGCAAAGAAGAAAGAAAAACAUGAGGAGAAAUUACGUGAUCUCAAAAAAGAGUCCGGAAAACUUGGACGUGAACUGCAAAAAAUUGACCAAGACAUCAGAGAAAUGGAAACGGAAAUCAGUAAGAAGCGACCAACUUUCAUCAAGGCCAAGGAACGCGUUGCUUACAUGCAAAAAAAAGUGGAAUCUGCUCGCAAAGCCUUGGCUACCGCGAAAACUGCGGACGAUGCCCAUAAAAAAGACAUAAAAGAACUCCAAGAUCAAUUAAGCCAAGUUGAACAAGCUAAAAGUGCUUAUGAUACCAAUGUCGCUGGGCAAUCCCAGUCCCAAGGAAGAGAUGUACAGCUUGAGGAUGAACAGAUACGAGAGUACAAUCACCUGAAAGAAGAAGCAGGUAAACAAUCCGCACGAUACCUGCAGAUGCUUGAUUCAAUCAACCGUGAACAGAAAUCAGAUCAAGAUAGGCUUGAUAAUGAGGGGAGGAAGGUAACUGAGGUAGAAAAUAAACACAAGCAGAAAGGACAAAUGCGUGAUGAAGCACAGAAACGUGUUGAAAAGCUUGAGGAGCAUAUCCGGACCUCAGAAGCUGCCCUAGAGGACCAAAAGAAGCUCAGAGCUGAUCUCCAAUCUGACGUGGGUACAUCUAAGGAUAAAAUACAGAAUUUGCAGCGGGAAUUAGAGAGCAUAUCGGAACAGCUCGGUGAUGCUAAAGUUGACAAACAUGAAGUAUCGAGGAAUAAGAAGAAAACUGAAAUAGUUGAAAAUUUUAAACGUCUUUAUCCUGGUGUGUACGAUCGAAUGAUCAACAUGUGUCAACCCAUUCACAAACGUUACAACGUUGCUAUCACAAAAGUUUUGGGCAAAUACAUGGAAGCGAUUGUUGUAGAUACCGAAAAAACUGCUCGGCAGUGUAUACAAUAUCUAAAAGAACAAUAUCUGGAGCCGGAGACGUUCUUGCCUCUUGAUUAUAUUCAAGCAAAACCAUUAAAAGGAAGACUAAGAAACAUUCAAGAGCCGAGAAACGUUAAGCUUCUAUAUGAUGUACUGCAUUUUGAACCUAAGGAUAUUGAUAGAGCUGUUCUGUUCGCUACAAAUAAUGCGCUGGUGUGUGAGACUCCCGAAGACGCCAAUAAAGUCGCAUACGAUAUGGAUAAGAAAACAAGAUAUGAUUGUGUUGCGCUGGAUGGAACAUACUACCAAAAAGCUGGGAUUAUUUCGGGUGGAAGCUUGGAUUUGGCAAAGAAGGCCAAACGAUGGGAUGAAAAGCAGAUGUCUCAAUUAAAAUCUCAAAAGGAAAAACUUACAGAAGAGUUGAGAGAGUCUCUGAAAAAAUCCCGCAAGGAAUCUGAACUCAAUACUGUCGAUUCUCAAAUCAGGGGGCUCGAGACCCGUCUGAAAUACAACAAAAAUGAUUUGGUAGCGACGAAAAAACAAAUCGGAGAUCUGGAGGCCGAGUUGGAGGUGCUUCAAAACGAGCUAAAUCUUUUUGGGCCGACAAUAAGCGCUAUUGAAAAGACAAUGGCUGAAAGAGAUCAGCAGAUUCAAACCAUUAAAGAGAAGAUGAACAACGUGGAAGAUGAUGUGUUUGCCAGCUUUUGUGAGCAAAUCGGUGUUGCCAAUAUUCGACAAUAUGAAGAAAGAGAAUUGAGAUCUCAGCAGGAACGGGCUAACAAACGCAUGGAAUUUGACAACCAAAUGAACCGUAUCUUGAAUCAGUUGGAUUUUGAAGGACAAAAAGAUACUGAAAGCAAUGUAUUACGAUGGGAGAGGGCUGUCCAAGAUGCCGAAGAUAAACUGGAAACAGCGCGUCAAAUGGAAGCAAAUCAAUUGGCUGAAAAAGAUCACGAUGAGGAACAGAUGAAAAAGUUGAGUUCUACCAGAAUCAACAAAAAAAUGGAAGUUGAUCAAGAAGAGGAAGAAAUCAGUAAAGCCAGACGGGAAGUGGUGGCUAUCAGUAAAGAAUACCAAGCUGCACAAAAGCAAUUGAAUACAGUAGAGGCAAAGAUUGAGCAACGAAAGGCAGACCGCCAUGCUAUUCUGAUGCAAUGCAAGAUGGAGGAUGUUGCAAUUCCCAUGUUGCGUGGAAAUAUGGAGGAUAUUGCUCAAGAAAGCUCAACAAUUUCCAGUGAAACAACUCACGACUCUACUAUAAAUACUCAACAACAGUAUGAGCGUGAAAGUCUUAUUACCAUCGAUUACGGCCUUCUUCCAGACGAACUUAAGGAUAUUGAUGAAGAAGAUAUAAAAAAGACUAACGAAAAAUUGAACAAAGUUAUAAGCGCUCUCCAAGACAAGAUUCAGCGAAUACAGGCUCCCAAUAUGAAGGCACUGCAAAAACUGUAUGCCGCGAAGGAGAAGCUACAGGAAACUAACGAGGAGUUUGAACAAUCUCGUAAAAAGGCGAAAAAGGCAAAGACACAGUUCGAGAAGGUAAAAAAAGAGAGACACGACAGAUUCAUGGCUUGCUUUGAACACGUAGCAAACGAAAUUGAUCCUAUCUAUAAGUCGUUAGCAAAGAACCAAUCUGCUCAAGCAUUCCUUGGUCCUGAAAAUCCAGAGGAGCCCUAUUUAGAUGGUAUCAACUACAACUGCGUUGCCCCUGGGAAACGUUUUCAGCCAAUGUCCAAUCUUUCGGGAGGUGAAAAAACGGUUGCGGCUUUGGCUUUGCUAUUCGCAGUUCAUAGCUUUCAACCUGCACCUUUUUUCGUUCUCGAUGAAAUUGACGCAGCCCUUGAUAAUACGAACAUUGGAAAAGUGGCGAGUUACAUUCGUGACAAAACUCAUUCCCUACAGACAAUCGUUAUCUCAUUGAAGGAAGAGUUUUACUCGCAUGCUGAUGCACUCAUCGGUAUUUGCCCUGACGUCGGCGAAUGUCUGGAAAGUAAAGUACUAACACUUGACCUAACAAAGUAUCCUGCACAUUGAGGAGCGCUCCAGAAUCGUUUUUCUCAACAACCCGGAUGCCUAGCGCAGGGACAGGUAUAGCACUCUCAGGACAUCUCAUCAACAAGGCGCGGAGCAUUGAAUUACUACUCUGGUUUUUUUUUAAUUCUUGAACUAAUUCAAUUUCUCUAAUAUACAACGCUGUGCGAGUUUUGAUCUACGCAACUCGGCAUGGGUUACAUUUUAUUUUUAAUCUUUAGAAAUGAUUUAUUAGAUCAUCUAUUUGGUAAUCAACUUGUGCUAAUAUCCGAAUUUCGAAAAACUUCCUUGUCAGUACCUAAAAAAUCAUCAGUGUGAAAAGGAAUAAAUAGAAAAAAAACAGAGUUGAUCGAACAUA